AUGAAAUUCUCUACCGCUUUAACAAUUUCUUCAAUUGCCUCUGUCGCUAUUGCUGCUCCAAGAGGUGAUCAUCAUUCCGAUGUUCAUUUCGACAAGAGAGGUAUGGUCACUGUCACCCAAUACGUCAACGAAAACGGUGCUGUUAUUAUUCCAGGUGCAGGUGCAUCUGCAUCUGAAACUUCCUCCGUUGCUGUCGCUACUGCUACUUUAGCAGGUGCUUCUACCGCUUCAUCAAAGACUACGACAACUCUAUCACCUUCUGCCUCUACUGGUGUAUCGUCAUCAUCUUCUUCAAGUGGUGACUACUCCGGUGAUUUAACUGGUUCUUCUACCGGUUCCAAAUUUGAAGAUGGUACAAUUGCUUGUUCUAGUUUCCCAUCUGGUUCCGGUGUCAUCAGUCUUGAUUGGCUAGGUCUAUCUGGUUGGUCUUCCAUCCAGGACUCCGACGGUAACAGUGUCACCUCAUGUGAAGACGGUAGUUAUUGUUCAUACGCUUGUCAAGCUGGUAUGUCCAAGACUCAAUGGCCUUCUUCUCAACCAGACAGUGGUGCCUCCUUAGGUGGUCUAGUCUGUAAAGACGGCUAUCUCUUUAGAACCAACACUGACACCGAUUACUUAUGUGGAUGGGGCGAAGGUACUGCCUCUGCUUCUAACUCCAAUAGUAACGGUGGCAUUGCUCUAUGUAGAACCGAUUACCCAGGUUCUGAAGCCAUGGUCGUUCCAACUUGGUUAGAAUCUGGUUCUUCUUCAAAGCAAAUCUCCGUUGUCAAUGAGGAGACUUACUACCAAUGGGAAGGUAAGCAAACCUCUGCUCAAUACUAUGUCAAUAAUGCUGGUGUCUCUGUUGAAGACGGUUGUAUCUGGGGUUCUUCAGGUUCCGAUGUCGGUAACUGGGCUCCAUUAGUGCUAGGUGCUGGUUCUGCUGAUGGUAUUACUUACUUAUCUUUGAUUCCAAACCCAAACAAUGAAGACGCAACUUCCGCUAACUUCAAUGUCAAGAUCGUUGCCACUGACGGUUCUACCGUUAGCGGUGAUUGUUCAUUCGAAAACGGUGAAUUUUCAACCGAUGGUGGUUGCACUGUUAGUGUAACUUCAGGUUCUGCUGAAUUCCAAUUCUACUAA